GUCCACAUUUCCACACAAGUCUAGGUUUAGUUAAGCACACGUAAAAAUGGUUUCUGCAAGUCCAGCACACCCAGCCAUCACCGAGGAAGUGUUGGCCAAGUGUCUCAUUGGCACAGAUGCCACAGAGAUGGAACAGUUUAUGGCCACCUACAGAUUCUUGGCGGACACCCUAUGUGCCGAGCUAUCCUUUGCUUCACCUGAUGCCCAGGCUUGGUUCAAGAGGAAUCUUGACUACAAUGUUCCCGGUGGCAAGCUCAACCGCGGUAUUUCAGUGCGCCACGCCUUCUCUGCCCUGAUCAACGACCGCGAGGCCACCAACGAAGAGGUUUUUCAGUGCUACGUAUUGGGUUGGGCUGUAGAGUUUCUUCAGGCCUUCUUUCUGGUUGCGGAUGAUCUCAUGGACGCAUCCAUCACACGCCGGGGGCAACCCUGCUGGUACAAAGUCGAGGAGGUGAAGAUGAUCGCUAUCAACGACUCCAUCAUGCUGGAGGGCUGCAUCUACCGCAUGUUGAAGACAUAUUUCAAGGGCAACCCCACAUACUUGCCCCUGGUAGAACUAUUCCUGGACAACUCGUGGUACACAGAGAUUGGUCAGCUACACGAUCUCAUCACAGCACCUGAAGACAACGUUGACUUGACGCGGUUUUCACUGGACAAGUAUAAAUUGAUUGUCAAAUACAAGACGGCCUACUACUCGUUCUAUCUACCCGUAGCGGAAGCGAUGAUUUUGGCAGGUGUUGACAGCGAAAAACAGCUAGCCGAGGCUGAGAAGAUCUUAUUGUGUAUGGGAGAGUACUUCCAGAUACAGGAUGACUACCUGGACUGCUAUGGAUCGCCCGAGGUGAUUGGUAAAAUCGGCACUGACAUUCAGGAUAACAAGUGCAGUUGGUUGGUGGUACAGGCACUAGACCGUGUCACGCCCGAGCAAAGGCAGAUCUUGGAAGACAACUACGGACAGAAGGAGGCUAUUAACGUGGAAAAAGUCAAGGCACUGUACCUCGAACUUGAGCUGGAAGCGGUGUUCAAGAAAUACGAAGAAGAAUCAUACUCUACGCUUAUGAAAAUGAUUAACAGCGACAGCCACGGAAUCCCUACCAAAGUGUUCACCGACUUUGUAGCUAAGAUAUACAAGAGAUCCAAGUAAGAAGCAAAUAAGAUCUGCGACAGAUCCAUGUUGGCGGUUAAGAGAACCGCUCUAGGUUACUGUCACAUCAGUGAAUUCAUGGUGGUCGAACAAAUAAAUUAGAAUGCAAGUCUCAAGGUGACUUGAACCAUACGAA